AUUUUUCCACCGACUCAGAAAAAAGCACACACACUCUCUCUCUCUCUAUAGCUAUCGCUCGCCGGAAAAAAUGGGGAUGCGGACGGCGUCGCACCAGCUGAAGAAUGGGCUGUACGUGUCGGGUCGACCCGAGCAGGCGAAGGAGCGGCAGCCCACCAUGGCGUCGCGGGCGAUGCCUUACACGGGCGGGGACGUGAAGAAAUCCGGGGAGUUAGGGAAAAUGUACGGAAUAGACUCGACGGGGUCAGGGAGCGGGCCGUACGUGCACAAGCCAGCUUCCAGAGCGGCGCCGCCGUCCUCGCAGAGUGGAGGAGCCGUCAGAUCCAGGCCCAACUCGGGUCAGCAGGGCCACAAGUCAAACAACUCCGGCUCGAUCCCCAAGAAAUCGUCCUCCUUCUCCGGCCCCACUCCCAUCCAGCCCACCGGCCUCAUCACUUCCAAUUCCGGCCCGCUCGACUCCAGCGGCGCCGCCGCCGCCCGCGCCGUCCAGCCCGAGCCCUCCGCUUCCUUUAACAAGAAGCUCUACAGCUCCGCCGUCACUAGACUGGUGAAGGAACUCAAGCCGCGUGGCUCAUUGGGGUUUCUGAAGAAAUAUCCCGACGCCGAGCUUAGAGGCGCCGUCGAUGGACAGUACGUCAAGGUCACCGGGGUUGUCACUUGUGGCAGUAUUCCACUUGAAACCUCGUUUCAGAGGACACCAAGAUGUGUAUAUGUUUCCACAGAAUUGUAUGAGUACAGAGGUUGGGGUGGAAAACCUGCAAAUUCUAAACACAGAUUCUUCUCGUGGGGACGAAGGCAUUCUGAGAAAUUUGUGGCCGACUUUUACAUAUCAGACUUCCAGUCUGGCUUAAGAGCUCUGGUGAAAGCAGGCUAUGGAGCCAAGGUUUCUCCGUUUGUCAAACCAUCAACAGUUGUUGACGUAACCCAGAGCAACAGAGACCUAUCUCCAAAUUUCUUGCAGUGGCUUUCCGAUAGAAACCUCUCGAGUGAUGACCGCAUCAUGCGCCUCAAGGAAGGCUACAUCAAAGAAGGCAGCACUGUGAGCGUGAUGGGUGUUGUUCGACGCCACGCUAAUGUGCUCAUGAUUGUUCCACCGGGUGAACCAGUAUCAACGGGUUGUCAAUGGGCCUCGUGUCUUCCCCCUACCAACAUCGAAGCUCUGGUCUUGGCAUGCGACGAAACCCAGAAUUCUGAUGUAAUUCCCGUCUAGAUUUUGGCAAACGCUUUCUCAAACUAUGGAUCUCGUCAGGCAGAAUGGCGAGUCCCUUACCACUUAUAUGGAGGAUUUUAAGAUCUAUGUACAUUUGGCCUGAAGAGUGAAGAAAUGGAGGGCCCUGAUGUGUUAUGGUUUAGUUAAAAGCUUUGUUAUAGUGGGUCCACACAGGGGAGGCAAGAAAAGUGUUCCUCCCCCGAGUAUCACACUCCACAUUCUAUGUAAAUUAUCCAGUUGUUCCCUUUCAAUAAUUCAAGCUGAAACUUAAAAUUCUUUGUAAUAACAAUCUUUGCUUUAUUUCUGAUUUUAUGAAAAAGCUAAGUUGUAUACUA